UUUAUUAAAUGUCCGUAAUGUCCGUUCCGGCGGAAUCAGCAAGAGUGGGUCUGGGCAAUGCGGCCAGCAUGGCGAAUCUGGCCAAGAUCGUCAAUCUGAUCGAGUCGAAUGUGCGCACGGAGGAGGCGGAGGGGGAUUCCUGUGAGGAGACGGCCAGGGGAUCGACCGAAACCGGAACCGGAAGUGGCAGCAGCAGCAGCCGAAGCGUUCGCCUGGCCAGCAGCAGUGCUCCGCGCAGAAGUGCCUGUGCCACAUCGUAUGUGCCCAAGUCGCCGCAGCUGGAGGAGAUCGUGAUUGCACCGCCGACGUGCACCGAACGCUUCGCCCGAUACUUUGUGAUCGUGAUCUACCUGUGCGGCCUCUGCUGCCUGGGCUUCUUCCUGUCCAUCUACCACAUCUUCUUCUGGGACUCACGCAUGCCGCCCGUCUACAAGGGCCAAAAGAAGGGACCUGCCUUUGGCUAGUCCGCUUAAAAAAACAAAGUAACACCCAGCUAAGAGAAUAUUAUGUUCAUUUUUGAUAAAAUUGUGAUACCCGAAAAAAUAGCCAUUCGCCUCCUAAACUCAUCGGAAGUGACCGCGGAGCAGUUCUACAAGCACAUCCUCGAGCAGUACCGCAUCCUCAG